AUGUCCCUGUUGCCGAGGGUCAGAAAGACGACCACUCUAGAAAGAGAACUAGACGACUCUACAACAGCAGGGAAACUCUACAACAGCAGGGAAACUCUACAACGACUCUACAACAGAAGGGAAACUCUACAACAGAAGGGAAACUCUACAACGACUCUACAAGAGAAGGGAAACUCUACAACGACUCUACAACUGAAGGGAAACUCUACAACGACUCUACAACAGAAGGGAAACUCUACAACGACUCUACAACAGAAGGGAAACUACAACGACUCUACAACAGAAGGGAAACUCUACAACGACUCUACAACAGAAGGGAAACUCUACAACGACUCUACAACAGCAGGGAAACUCUACAACGACUCUACAACAGAAGGGAAACUCUACAACGACUCUACAACAGCAGGGAAACUCUACAACGACUCUACAACAGAAGGGAAACUCUACAACGACUCUACAACAGAAGGGAAACUCUACAACGACUCUACAACAGAAGGGAAACUCUACAACGACUCUACAACAGCAGGGAAACUCUACAACGACUCUACAACAGAAGGGAAACUCUACAACGACUCUACAACAGCAGGGAAACUCUACAACGACUCUACAACAGAAGGGAAACUCUACAACGACUCUACAACAGCAGGGAAACUCUACAACGACUCUACAACAGAAGGGAAACUCUACAACGACUCUACAACAGCAGGGAAACUCUACAACGACUCUACAACAGAAGGGAAACUCUACAACAACUCUACAACAGCAGGGAAACUCUACAACGACUCUACAACAGAAGGGAAACUCUACAACGACUCUACAACAGAAGGGAAACUCUACAACGACUCUACAACAGCAGGGAAACUCUACAACGACUCUACAACAGAAGGGAAACUCUACAACGACUCUACAACAAAGGGAAACUCUACAACGACUCUACAACAGAAGGUAAACUCUACAACGACUCUACAACAGCAGGGAAACUCUACAACGACUCUACAACAGCAGGGAAACUCUACAACGACUCUACAUCAGAAGGGAAACUCUACAACGACUCUACAACAGAAGGGAAACUCUACAACGACUCUACAACAGCAGGGAAACUCUACAACAGAAGGGAAACUCUACAACGACUCUACAACAGAAGGGAAACUCUACAACGACUCUACAACAGAAGGGAAACUCUACAACGACUCUACAACAGAAGGGAAACUCUACAACGACUCUACAACAGAAGGUAAACUCUACAACGACUCUACAACAGCAGGGAAACUCUACAACGACUCUACAACAGCAGGGAAACUCUACAACGACUCUACAUCAGAAGGGAAACUCUACAACGACUCUACAACAGAAGGGAAACUCUACAACGACUCUACAACAGAAGGGAAACUCUACAACGACUCUACAACAGCAGGGAAACUCUACAACGACUCUACAACAGAAGGGAAACUCUACAACGACUCUACAACAGAAGGGAAACUCUACAACGACUCUACAACAGCAGGGAAACUCUACAACGACUCUACAACAGCAGGGAAACUCUACAACGACUCUACAACAGCAGGGAAACUCUACAACGACUCUACAACAGAAGGGAAACUCUACAACGACUCUACAACAGAAGGGAAACUCUACAACGACUCUACAACAGAAGGGAAACUCUACAACGACUCUACAACAGCAGGGAAAAAUCACAAAAAUAUAUAA